AUGGCUUCGUCUCACGGGAGAAGCGACAUGCGCUUUGCGGACUGGAUGGCAAGUUUACCGCAGAGCAUGCACAGCACCCCGCUCACCAACCUGGCCAUUCCCGGUUCCCAUGAUUCCUUCAGUUUCUACAUUGACGAGUCGUCCCCUGUGGGACCCGAGCAGCCGGAGACGGUGCAGAACUUUGUUUCUGUUUUUGGCACGGUGGCCAAGAAACUCAUGAGGAAGUGGUUAGCUACACAGACUAUGAACUUCAUCAGCCAACUGGAGGCUGGGAUCCGCUUCUUUGACCUGCGCAUCUCCACCAAGCCCCGCGACCCCGACAACGAGCUGUUCUUCGCCCACGGGCUCUUCAGUGCCACGGUCAGAGAAGGUCUAGAGCAGAUCAGCAGUUUCCUGUCGGCUCACGCCAGAGAAGUUGUGUUCCUGGACUUCAACCACUUCUACGGCGUGCAGAACAUGCACCAUGAAAAACUGGUGGCCAUGUUAAAAGAGGUGUUUGGAGACAAACUCUGCCCAGUCGUCUUCGCUCAGGAGGUGUCUCUGCAGUAUCUGUGGGAGAAGGAGUACCAGGUGCUUGUCUUCUACCACCACCCCAUGGCCCUGGAAGUGCCCUUCCUGUGGCCAGGGCAGAUGAUGCCCUCUCCUUGGGCCAACACCACCGACCCAGAGAAGCUGGUUCAGUUUCUCCAGGCGUCUGUCACUGACCGCAGGAGGAAGGGGACCUUCUUUGUCUCCCAGGUGGUUCUGACGCCGAAGGCCAGCACUGUGAUGAAGGGCGUGGCUAGCGGACUGAGAGAGACGAUCACAGAAAGGGCCUUACCGGGCAUGAUGCAGUGGAUCCGAUCGCAGAGACCCGGGGAGAGCGGCAUCAACAUUAUCACAGCUGACUUUGUGGAGCUCGGAGAGUUCAUCAGCGCUGUCAUCACCCUCAACUAUCACCUGGACGACGAUGAAGAUGACGCCACCUGA